AUGGCGAAGCGCAUGAAGGUUCCGCCUAGUGAAGAAUUCAACGUUCUCACUAUAGGUGUGUUUGAGGAUGAUAGCGAGUCUCUUCACUUCCCUGAAGAAGAUGCGCCAGAAGUGGAUCAGGUCCACCUUAGAUCAGGUCGCCAGUUAGCUGACCCACAUCCUCCACCUAGAAAGGAGCCUAGGAACAAAGAUGUAACCGAGAAUGAGACAAUUGACCCGCCUUCUAAGGUGUCGGUCAAAUCCCCAAUCCCGUCUCCGCUCCCACCUCCUCUCCUCCUCUCCCAAGUCCCAACCCGCCAUGGAGAGGGAGCCGCCCACGCAGGUCCCCCCAGCGCCGCCACCGCCUACGGCUCGCCCCGCCGCAGGGCGUGGAAGCGGUGCGUCCACUCCGGCCACCACGACAGCGCCACCUGGGGCCACGCCACCGCCGCCGACUUCGCGCCCGUGCCCAGGAUGUGCCGCCUCGUCAUGGCCAACUACGCCCCGCCCGACCUCCUCGUCGCGCCUCCCCUCCUCCUCGACCCCUCAAACGUCGUGCGCCACCGCACCUACGCCGACACGGGGGGUCGGGUCACGCCCUACCUCGUCUACCUCGACCACGCGCAUGCCGACUUCGUGCUCGCGCUGCGCAGCCUCAACCUCGGCCAUGAGUCCGACUACGCGCUGCUCCUCGACAACCGCCUCGGCAAGCGCCGCUUCGACGGCGGCUACGUCCACAACGGCCUCCUCCGUGCCGCCGGCUGGGUGCUCGACAGGGAGUGCGACCUGCUCCGGGACCUCCUCGACCGGUACCCCGCCUACACGCUCACCUUCACAGGCCACUCCCUCGGCGCCGUAGUCGCCGCCAUGCUCACCAUGGUCGUCGUGCUCAACCUCGACAAGCUCGGCAAGGUCGAGAGGGGCCGCACCAGGUGCUACGCCAUGGCCCCCGCCCGCUGUAUGUCACUCAACCUCGCCGUCAGAUACGCCGAUGUCAUCAACUCCGUCGUGCUGGUGAUCGACGAGGACUACUGCGGCCCGAUGGGAGUCGUGCUCUUCAACUACUCGGAGGCAGACUUCACCGUGAAGCCCCGUGACCGUGUCAUAGAGAUUAUCAUCUAG